CAACUCCCCAAUGGUGCGCGGCGUGGCAGUGCGUUGCUUGCACCACAAACGACGCCAUGCAAUUCUGUCCCACGAAUGCCAGCCAGCUUCUGGGAUAUUGACCCCAUCGCCACCCCUGUUCUUGCCGUCGAUUUCGCCCUCUUCCCAACCACCCAGGGGGCAGCCCUCUUUGGCCGGUCUCUGCCCGUCUCCGCCUGCUUCCCCAAGUCCAUCGGCUCGUCUCCACCAGCACCAGAACCAUGUCCGAGCCAGCCAUUCUCUUCUCCUACAACACGAACCAACCCACCUGGCAGAUCCAGAGCCCCUGUCUGCCCCUCAACAUGCUCUCCGCGGUUAUCGGCCAGCGCCUCUCCCAGCACGAGCUGCAGAAUCGCCUCGACGUCUUGACGCAAAACCUUACUGCCAAGAACAACGUCUUCCUCUUUGCCAUCAUGUGCCUCGGCUUUGGAUCCUUCCUCGGCGGCAUCAUCUGGAUCAUUGCUGCAGGCGCCAACUUUGGAUUUGGCCUGCCGCCUCCGUUCAUGAUCAUGUUUCCAGGCAUCAUAGUGGCAAUGAUCGCGGGCAGCAUCCGGCAGUUGUUUUUCUCUCGAAGUCUUGGGAGGAUUGACAGCCAGCUGCCUGGACUGCUGCAGCAAUUCAAUCAAGUUGAUAUCCCCAAGGGUCUCCUGUGGGAUCAGCACUCGACCAACGAGAUUAUUGAGACACACUACCAGAACGGCCGCAGGGUCAGUUCCGCCACUUCCAAAAAGACCUGGGUGGUGUCCCUCACCGUCCUGAAGCAUCCUGGCGUAUGAGAUGACAGCUUGUACCAGCCUUUGAUUGCCGGGGAUGACAGUCCAGGGUCCGUGUCUGAAUACAGAGCCGUUUGCCAGGCUGGUGUGAGUCC